UCGAGAUCCAGAUACACAAACUAAUCAACCUCUAGUUAUUUCCGAUUGCGUCACUCAAGCACCUCUCCAUCAACUGGAGCUUUCGCCCUCACACCUGGCUGCGCAUGCGCUCUCUCCCUUGUGUGUUAGAGCGCCUCAAGAACCUCCGGACUCUCGAUAUCGCCUUCUCCGGCGUCGACGCAAACUAUAUCUACCUAUGUAAUCAGCUCUGGCCCGCAUUCACCUCCGAAAAUCUCCCUUGUCUCGAAGAAAUCAAGUUUUGCUUCCCGUUCACGGAUGUCAUACACCUUGAUUGCCUGGUCCAUGCGCUCGUGAAUAUUCCCACUCUCCGCCGCCUAGGUCUCGCCUAUCUGAACGUCGGCUACCCAAUCAAUUGGAGGCAGCUCUUCGCUGAGCUGGGAAUCCGAAUGAAACUGGAAGAGCUGUAUCUGAUUGAGCCGCUGAGCUGUGGCCAACAGAGGUGCUCAUGGACUUGGACUUUUGAACAAAUUCUUUCGGGUAACGAAGCUGUGAGAAGCGAUUAUUGGAUGUUGAAGACAGAUGCUAAGGUGGUACAGGUGGUAGGCGAUAGUGAGGUUCAAGCGGGAAGGGCGCCGAGGGCGAUUUGUUUUGGGAAUUUUGGGUAGGUUUGGUGUAUAUCGGGCUCAUGAUGUAGGCCUCGGAGCACGCUUGGGGUACAGUAAGUAGCAGUCAGUCUACCGAAACGCUAUCUGGGAGGCCCAAAGGGUCUCCAGACUAGUUAUUUGCGGAUUUCAUGGGCGUGUCAAGUGGUGAUUUUGUCGUACUAGUGGUGUAAAACUUCGGUGCGGAUUUCUUUGUCUUAAUGUGCGGCUUUUCUAUUCGACAACUGCAUACGAAGUAGGUGAGUCAAGCAGUGAUACAUUCUCCUACUAUCGCUCUUACCUAAAUUAGUUUUCGUAACU